CGUAAGUUUACGUAAAGCUGGCGCUCCGGUUUCCUGGCGGAGAAAAUGGCGGCUCCUGGACCGGGGGAGUAUUUCAGCGUUGGGAGCCAAGUCUCCUGUCUCACCUGCUUAGGGCAGCGCUUGCAAGGGGAGGUCGUGGCCUUUGACUAUCAGUCCAAGAUGUUGACUUUGAAAUGUGCUUCUUCCAGCGGAAAGCCAAACCUCUACGACGUAGUCCUGAUUAACCUAGCCUAUGUUUCGGAAGUGGAAAUAAUAAGUGACCGGACAGAAACUCCCCCGCCCCUAGCAUCAUUGAAUGUUGGCAAGCUUGCAAAUCGAGCACGGAUGGAGAAGGAAGACAAAUUGUCCCAAGCUUAUGCAAUUAGUGCUGGAGUUUCUCUGGAGGGUCAGCAGCUCUUCCAAACUAUACAUAAAACCAUCAAAGACUGUAAAUGGCAGGAGAAGAACAUCAUUGUGAUGGAUGAUGUCGUUAUCUCACCGCCUUACCAGGUCGACAACUGCAAAGGCAAAGAGGGAAGCGCUUUAAGUCAUGUACGCAAAAUCGUUGAGAAACACUUUAGAGAUGUGGAAAGCCAGAAGUCCGUGCAGCGUUCACAAGCACAGCAAACACAGAAGGACUCCGCUUUAUCAUCCUGAGCUGGUGUAGCAACCUGGCAACCCAAGCAAGAUGACAAAGGCAGUCCCCCCCCCAGUCCCCCUCCCAUUUCCAGACAAGGCCGGCAUUCCUCAGUCUCUGCCUGGGGCCGUAAGGAUGGCCAGCGGUCUUGAAGACCGAAAACAUUAAAAAGACAAAAAAAAACAGAUAAAGUUAAAUUCUCAAAUUAGAAUUUUAAAAGAUAAUUUAAAGAGAGAACAACCAUAACGUUUAACUAACUUUGUUUGUCCUGCCCUGGCCUAAACGCCACCCUCCUGCCCGUUCUCUGCUCUCUCCCCCGCCCAGUCUUCAAAGAAAAGAAAGACCAUUCAGAAAUGUUAGCUAUGUGUUCUUAUCCAUGUUCCGAAAAUUUCUGUAUUUUGAACAAAAUGUGACUUGAAAUACCACACUUGAAAAAGGACAUUUUCUAAAAUAAAAGUAACAGAAAUUCUGACUGUAAUACUGUAAUUUUAAAAGCUUUUUUUGGGAAAAACAAAAUGUUAUUUUUUAGAACAUUUACCACUGGUGAAGAGUGAAAUAAAUGAUUACAUAAAGUAUCUUUCACUUGAAAUUACACUUUAAAAGGAAAACGAGGGUUAGCUUUCGACGGCAAGUUUUUCUCCUGCAAGUUUGUUGAAGAUCGAGGGAAUAUCAGUGAAAUCUUUAGCUUCCUCUGCAGUUUGUCCACUUUCUCGAAGUCCUUUUGAUAAACAGCUCUGGCCUUUUUUUUCUUUUCAUUGUGUAAUUUCAGUGCUUAAUUUUGUCACUUUUGAGAUUCUUUUUGAUGAACUUUCAGAAUCCCUUCUGUUGGAUUGUCAUGAGUGCAAGCGAGAAUGAUUCUCUUGUCCUUAGCGUAACCUCCUUGGUCGCAUCUCCGUUCUUUUUUGGUACUGCCUUGUACAGGGUCUUCAACCCACUAAGAGGUUUUCUGGAAGCCAGGGGAACCAGCAGUUGGAGAAACAAAAUGGUUUUAAUAAUACUGACCUUAUGAUGAUACAUUUUUUCCUUCUCCAUCUGUUUUAAAAUGGUCCCUUAUUCGCCACUACAAUACCUCCUAACAAAAUGGGACCACACUUUUCUUAUGUACAUUUUUUAAGCCAAUUAGGAUGUUGUGCAUUCUGCCCAUUGGGCUACAACAGGCAGGUAAAUCCCCCAUGUUUUCCUUGUUUAACCGUAUGGUUUUGACUUUGUUCGGGAUUAUUCUCAGCCAGAUCUGUGUGUUUGGUUUGGAGAACAUUCUGAUUCCUUCCAUAAAAUUGUAGUCUAUUUAUGUUUGGGGCUUUCUGCCUCAUCUGGGCUCAGCCAUUGAGGUUUCAGCGACAUGAGCUACCUGUACAGUCAGUCCAGCUAUGUGGACAAGACUGGACCGUUUCCUACCCGAUAUUUUAUUUUUAUUUUUUAAAGUGACAUCAGAAUAAAGAGAAAGCAAAAAUA